AUAAAGAUCAUUUCUAACCGAGAAACAGCAAUACAAGCAGAGACGCACGAAGUAACUCUGAAACAACUCAAUACAGACCACAAUAUUUAACAUAUGGCAUCCCCACCAGGCGGUCCGAUCGAGAUUUGUUUCUCGUUUGAUACGACUGGAUCUAUGUCCAGUUCCAUCAAUGCUGUUAAACAGAAUGUCCAAGAAAUGAUUCAAAGACUUCAAACGGAUAUACCCGGUAUCAGAAUCGCUGUGUUCGCUCACGGAGACUACUGUGACCGGAAUUCUUCUUAUGUCACCAAGUACAUAGACUUUUCUACAGACUUGAAGGAACUGUGUCAGUGGGUGAAAAACGUGGGCUCCACGGGGGGUGGCGACUCGGAUGAGUGCUAUGAACUGGUUUUGCACGAGGUUCAAAGUCUGACUUGGACGCCCGGAACUCAAAGGGCGCUUGUGAUGAUAGGUGAUGCCCACCCACAUGAUGUGAAUUACCCAGACAAUAAAUUGAAGCUGGACUGGAAGCAGGAAGUCGAAAAAUUGGCAGUGAUGGGUAUCCGAGUGUAUGGAGUGCAAUGUAGAGCUUCGGGUGACAAAAGGACCCAUGACUUCUACCAAACACUAGCCGACAAGACAGCAGGCAGACGAGUAGAACUAGACCAGUUCUCCAACCUGUUUGACUUCAUAAUGGCCAUCUGCUACAGAGAACAGGGAGCCGAAUUUCUGGACAUCUAUGAACAAGAAGUACGACAAAGAAACGCUAGAAUGGGUCUUCAUAAAGACUUGAAUGCGAUGUUUGGCGCACUCAAAGACGGAGAACCUUGUACGUCUUCAUCCACUAAAGUGGCAGAUUCGCCAAAGUCCAAAACACUUCCCUACAAGCCGGUCCUGAAAAAGGUGUCAUCCUUGACAAAAGUUCCUUCCAUUGUAAAUCUGAAGAAAAAGACUUCAAUCAUUCACGGGGUCAAGAAAACAAUCGCCAAAAGGUCUCCUCGCUCUGCUGUGGAUAGAAAGAAAGCGAAAUCUCUGGCCAUUUCGUGUCAGAAGAUUGAUACGCUAAGAAAAUUGAAGAGGGAAAUUGUCCCAGAGACGAAUUUCUCUAUGAGCAAGAUACAAUGGUCACCAUGGGAACUCGCCAUUGCUCCCAGUAGACCGGAAGAUGAUGCUGAAUGGGUAGAAAGAUACAGAGGAAGAAGGGGUUUCCGAAAAUCUACCAUCUGUGGAGGAAAGACAUUCCCCGCAGCUGUGUACGAGUUCUCGGUGAGGAAAACUGGUGAUUCCAAACGUUUUGUUGCGUACUGUAAAAUGUCUUCGGGAUUUACCAAAACAAGGUGUUGGGAAUCCCGUCUUUUAUCCGAUUCGGACGUUCGAUCUCAAGUGAACAAAAUGGUAUCCUUAGGAUAUUACGUGUUUGUGCGCAGAUGUUUGGUAACAGACUGUAACAAGAACACGAUAAAGAAGUCUCUUUUACGAUAUGACUAUGCAUGGAGACGUGUAAGAAAUGUUAGAGAAUCUCACAGGGAUAUGGAGAUGGUUUAACAGUGGCGUCUACCGUGAAGACAUAAACAGCAGCUAUAAUAAUUAGGUUUUGUAUGCUCACAUCUGUAUGUGAAUCAUUUGGAUGACCUCAUAUUGUUAUUUCAUUACCUCAUAUUGUUACAAUAUAUUUUGAUUCUGUAAUAAAUUUCAA